AUGCUGGUCGUCCGGAGUGCUGAGGCUCGCCCUCUUACAGCCUGUUGCUGCCAAGGGUUCCUCCUGUUGGGUUACGAUCAAGGUGUCAUGUCGGGCAUCAUUGGGGCAGAUAACCAGUUCGGACGAGACUUUGGCCACCCCGACGCAACUGACCAAGGCUUCAUUGUGCCGUUCAUCCUCACUCAGGAUAUAGGAUGUGUUGUUGGCAGUUUGAUCAUAUUCGUCUGGGGUGAAACCAUAGGUCGAAAGCGGAGCAUCAUGUCAGGGGCCUCUAUCAUGUUGGUCGGAACGGCUAUCCUCACCAGCUCAACUACUCGUGCCCAGCUGUAUGUCGGGCGAAUAGUGACUGGCAUCGGAAACGGGUUCAACAGCUCGAGCAUCCCAGUCUACCAGAGCGAAACGUGUGGAGGACAUAUACGCGGCGCUCUCGUGUGCCUCAAUUCGACGAUAACUAUCCUCGGGCUCGUCAUUGCGUAUUGGUUAGACUAUGGCAUGUCAUUUGUAGAAGGGCCAUCGCAAUGGCGUCUCCCAAUUGGAUUUCAGGCUGUAUUCGCAUUAUGCUUGCUUUUGCAAGCAACGGUUCUACCGGAUUCUCCGCGCUGGCUGAUGGCGCACGACAAAGAGGAGGAAGCUACUCGUAUUAUCGCUGCACUCCUCGACAAGGACCACCUUGACGAUCCCGAGGUCCUUGAGAUGAAGAAGGAGAUCGAGGUCUCGCUAGCUCAGGAGAGCUCUGGCGGUCCCUUCCGCUACUCGGAACUUCUUGAUACCGGAAGGAUCGGCAACUUGCGUCGCAUCUGCCUUGCAAUCGGCAUAAACGUCAUGCAACAAUUUACAGGGUCUAAUAUGAUCAACUAUCUUGCUCCAGUUGUGUACCAGAACACCAUGGGACUUUCGCGGAAUCUCUCCUUACUACUGGGAGGUGCAACUUCGUGCACGUAUUUAGUAGCAAGUUUCAUUCCGCUAUGGACCGUGGACCGAUAUGGUCGCCGUACGCUCCUCAUGGUCAGUGCGACGGGACUUUCGUUCUGCUUCGUCAUGGCGGCGAUUUUCCUCUCCAUCGGCACCAAAGGGACCGCAUUCGCGGCUACCGCGAUGGUCUUCAUAUUCCAGAUCUUUCUUGGAAUCGGCUUCCUGCCAAUCCCCUGGCUCUAUCCUGCGGAGGUUGCAACGACUCGCAUCCGCGCUCGAGCGUCAGCCAUAUCUUCGGCAAUCAAUUGGGCCUGCGUUUUUGCGGUCGUAGAAAUGACCCCACCCGCCAUACAGAACAUUAGCUGGCGCGUCUUCAUAAUCUUCGCUGUGUUCAACGCGCUAUGGGUGCCGCUUGUGUAUAUCUUCUUCCCUGAGACGAAGGGACUCGAACUAGAGGACGUGGACCAUCUCUUUGAUAAGGGCGGAUUGACUGGUGGCGUAUGGAGCAGUCCCGGAGGACGUACUGUGGAAAGACAUGCGAUCUUCAAGGACAUGGAGAAGAGUCCCACUGAAAUUCGCGAGGAAUCGGUCAAGGAGUGA